UCCCUUUUUGAGAAGCGAAAAAGGACAGCUAGGUCUGGCCCGGCAUGCCUUGGGCUUCCGGUGACCUCUGGCCCUUUUCUGUCGUCCGCUCUUGCUGCCUAGCGUGCUUGUUCGCUCACUGCUUUCCUUCCCUCCCUCUCUCCCGUUUUCCUUGGGACGCUACCUGGUGACUGUGGCUCCCGCGACCAGCAAGGAGGCGGUGGCGGAGGACACUCGUUAUGGCCGCCUCUAAGCCUGUGGAGGCGGCAGUGGUCGCAGCGGCUGGACCCGGUUCCGGGAAUGGGGUGGGCGGCAGCAGUGCGACUUCGGGCCCGGGCACCGGGGGCCUGCCGAGAUGGCAGCUGGCGCUGGCGGUCGGGGCGCCCCUGCUGCUAGGAGCCGGUGCCCUGUACCUGUGGAGCCGGCAGCGGCGGCGCCGGGAGACCGGGGCCCGAGGCGACUCCGGCGGCCUGAAGCGCAACAGUGAACGGAAGACCCCGGAGGGCAGGGCCAGUCCGGCCCCGGGCAGCGGACACCCCGAUGGCCCCGGUACUCACCUGGAAAUGAACUCUCUUGAUAGAGCCCAAGCAGCCAAGAACAAAGGCAACAAAUAUUUUAAAGCAGGAAAAUAUGAACAAGCUAUUCAGUGCUAUACCGAGGCUAUCAGUUUAUGUCCUACAGAGAAGAAUGUUGACCUUUCCACAUUUUAUCAAAACAGAGCUGCUGCCUUUGAGCAAUUGCAAAAAUGGAAAGAGGUGGCACAAGAUUGUACAAAGGCUGUUGAACUUAAUCCCAAAUAUGUGAAAGCUCUCUUUAGACGUGCAAAAGCCCACGAGAAGCUAGACAAUAAGAAGGAAUGUUUAGAAGAUGUCACUGCUGUGUGUAUAUUAGAAGGAUUCCAAAAUCAACAAAGCAUGCUGUUAGCUGAUAAAGUUCUUAAACUUCUUGGAAAAGAGAAAGCCAAAGAAAAAUAUAAGAAUCGUGAACCUCUGAUGCCAUCUCCACAAUUUAUCAAAUCUUACUUCAGUUCUUUCACGGAUGAUAUAAUUUCUCAGCCAAUGCUUAAAGGAGAGAAGUCAGAUGAAGAUAAAGACAAGGAAGGGGAGGCUUUAGAAGUGAAAGAAAAUUCUGGAUACUUAAAGGCCAAACAGUAUAUGGAAGAAGAAAACUAUGAUAAAAUCAUAAGUGAAUGCUCAAAAGAAAUAGAUGCUCAAGGAAAAUACAUAGCAGAAGCAUUGUUACUACGAGCUACUUUCUACCUGCUUAUUGGCAAUGCCAACGCGGCCAAACCAGAUUUAGAUAAGGUCAUCAGCUUGCAAGAAGCUAAUGUGAAGCUUCGAGCAAAUGCGCUCAUCAAAAGAGGCAGCAUGUACAUGCAACAGCAGCAGCCUUUGUUGUCUACUCAGGAUUUUAACAUGGCUGCCGACAUCGAUCCUCAGAAUGCAGAUGUUUAUCACCACCGAGGACAGCUGAAAAUACUGCUUGAUCAAGUUGAAGAAGCAGUAGCCGAUUUUGAUGAAUGUAUUAGAUUAAGACCUGAGUCUGCUCUGGCACAAGCUCAGAAAUGUUUUGCUUUGUAUCGCCAGGCAUAUACAGGAAACAAUUCUUCACAAAUCCAAGCAGCUAUGAAAGGUUUUGAAGAGGUCAUAAAGAAAUUUCCAAAGUGUGCUGAAGGCUAUGCAUUAUAUGCCCAGGCAUUAACAGAUCAACAGCAGUUUGGCAAAGCUGAUGAAAUGUAUGAUAAAUGUAUUAAUUUGGAACCAGAUAAUGCCACAACAUAUGUUCAUAAAGGUUUACUUCAACUUCAGUGGAAGCAAGAUCUGGAUAAAGGCUUGGAGCUUAUCAGCAAGGCUAUUGAAAUUGACAAUAAAUGUGAUUUUGCAUAUGAAACCAUGGGAACUAUUGAAGUACAAAGAGGAAACAUGGAGAAAGCCAUUGACAUGUUCAACAAAGCUAUUAAUCUGGCCAAAUCAGAAAUGGAGAUGGCUCAUUUAUACUCACUUUGUGAUGCUGCCCAUGCCCAGACAGAAGUUGCAAAGAAAUAUGGAUUAAAACCACCAACAUUAUAAAAUAUGGGGGAAGGAAAAUGACCCUCUUUUUAGAAGUUUACCCCUCUUCAACUGAACCCUGAAGACACUGUUGUGAACUGUGUUGAAUGGUGGGACUUGGUGUUUCCAUUUGUGCUGUUGUCCUUUGUUACAGCUGUCUCAUGUUUAGGUGUUGUGGGAGUGGCUGUUGAAGAAAGCUUGCGGUGUGGCAGCUUCUAUUCCCUGUGCAACAAGAGCUUAGAACCUGUUAAAGGGAUAUGAAAAUAAAGUUGCAAAGAGUACAAAUGACAAUUGGCCAUGCAAAUAAAAACUUUGAUUUGUU